AUAUAAAUACCCCCCAACACCCAAACCCUUUUCCCAUCCCACACAAUAUAAUUGUGAUCACACCCCCUCUCCUGCUUAAUUCUCUCCUCUUCUGUAUCGCCGUCGCGCGCCUCUCUCCCUCCCCAGUCUCCGACGAUCUCCAUGGCUUCUGCCGAGGUUGAAUCAGUCCCUGCCGUCGAGGCUCCAGUCGAAACCCCGCCCGCCGCCACCCCGGCUGUCGAGGCCGAGGCCCCCGCACCGGUAGUCGAAGAACCCAAAGAGGAAGCCCCGGCCGCCAUCGAACCCGAGGCGGAGGCUGAGCCGGCGGCUGAAGCCGUCGAGGAGAAGCCCACAGAAGAGCCGGCGGCUGAGGCGGCCGCUGCCGCCGCACCUGCUGAGGCAGAACCAGUGGCUGACGAGCCUGCAGAAGAAGCUCAGCCAGUCGAGACGGAGGCCGUCGAGCCGACAGUCGAGGAGACUGCCGCAGAGCCGGAGGCCCCGGUCGAAGAGCCGCCAGCGUCAGAAGAGGCCGCGCCUGAAGAGCCAGCUCCGGCACCCGCCGUAGAAGACGAGGCCAAACCAGCAGAGGUAGCAGAAGAGGCAGCAGUAUCAGAGUAGUAGACAAAAGAGUUAUGCAGAACAGCGCAGUCGGCAAACAGUUAUUCAUAUGUUAUGGCUUGUGGCUUUUGCUUGCAUUGAUUAUUGAGGGUUCUAGCUUAAGAGUAAUUAAGUGCUGAGGUAUUAAAAUUACAUAUAUAUUUAUGCUAUUUCUGAGGUAUUAAAAUUACAUAUAUAUUUAUGCUAGUAAUUAAGUAUUUAUUUUUAGUAAUAAGUCCUAUGAGUAUGAUUAUCUAGAGGUGAGUUGCUAUUUAUUAAAAUAAAAAAAAAAGUUGGUUAUUAUGAGAGAGAGUACGCGUCGAGUGAGUACGGGGAGAGAGUUCUAUGGUUGUAAUCUUUAUAUAUGAGUUUACCUUGUGGUUGUUGUGUUGAUUUGCUCUAUUUA